AUGGUUUCUUCCUUGUUCUUCGGACUCAGUGUCCUGGCCGCGGCCGUGUCACCCGUCGUUGCGUCGUGUGCCUACGGCACCCACCUUGCCCCCAGGGCCGAGGAGGGCGGCGCCGUUCCCAUUGGCACCUUCGGAUACGCCGGUGCUAUUGGACCUGUCAACUGGGUCUCCCUUGACCCUGCCGCCAAUGCCCUGUGCAACACGGGCACCCGCCAGAGCCCCAUCUCCAUGACGGCCGGCAGCUUCCAGAUGGUGCAGGCCGCCGACGUGAAGCUCGACAUCCCCGACAUGACGGCCGGCACCGAGUUCGAGAACCUGGGCACCACUGUCGAGGUCAUUGCCAAGGGCGGCAAGAUGACCACCGCUGGUAUCCAGUACGAGCUCAAGCAAUUCCAUUUCCACCUGCCCAGCGAGCACCUGGACAACGGCACCAGCCGCGCUAUGGAGAUGCACAUGGUCUGGCAGAGCGCCAACCAGGAGAUUGCCGUCAUUGGCAUGUACAUUGACGUCGACACUGGCGAUGCCGUCGCCGCCCCUGCCGCUGGCGCCAACGCCUCGGCUGGCGCCACCUCAAUUGAGCGCAGGCACCCCCGCGAGAUCGCUUCCCGCGCCGAGGGCAAGGGCAAGGCCGCUGGCGAGAACAAGGCCGCGGCCCCUGCCGCCGGCGCUCAGAGGAUGGGUGUCAUGCCCGCCGCCGCCGCCGCUCCCGUCAAGUCCAACCUGCUGUCCACCGUCCUGAGCGAGGUCGGCAAGAUCGCCACGCCUGGCACCAAGACCGAGACACCCCCGCUGGUCAUGUCGGAGCUCGUCCAGACCAUCCAGGCCGGUUCGUUCCAGAGCUACUCGGGCUCCCUGACCACCCCUCCCUGCAGCGAGGGCGUCCGCUGGCUCGUCUCGACCCAGAGCCUCUCCAUCUCGAUGCAGAACUUCGUGGCCGCCCGCAACGUCAUCGGCUUCAACGCGCGCUUCGCCCAGAACGCCCCUGGCCAGACCAACCUGGCUGCUCUCGGUGCCGCUGCCGGCGCUGGAGCUACUAAGCCUGCUACCGGAGCCGAGAAGGCUGCCAACCCCGCUGCUCCUGCCACCUCCCAGCCCGCUGCUGCGAAGCCUGCUGCCGGAGCUGAGAAGGUUGCCAAGCCUGCUGUCGGAGCUGAGAAGGUUGCCAACCCCGCUGCCGGAGCUGAAAAGGUUGCCAACCCCGCUGCCGGAGCUGAAAAGGUUGCCAACCCCGCUGCUCCUGCCACCUCCCAACCCGCUGCUGCUAAGCCUGCUGCGAAGCCUGCUGCCGGAGCUAUGAAGGCCGGGACCAAGGAGGAGGAGGACGACGAUUAG